AUGGAAAUGAAAAACAUAAAUUACUUCUCUUACCCCAAGAUCACCGCAUACGCAACAGCUAGCUGCAGCAGCAGCAACAAGUGCAGCAGCUCCCCCCCCCCUCCCCCGGGGUGUACAUACACCCCACGGGGUGUAUACUGUACAGUGUUGAGCGCUGCUGAUGAUAUUCCUGGCCUCUGCUGCCUCAUUAACUCUUUAGAUAGAACCAAACCCUCUUUCCCUCUCCUUGUGCUUCUCCCCCCCCGCAUACGGCCAGCUGUAGACUCUCUAAUACUACAACACAAUAACAACAACCCCACCAAAACAACACCCACUCACAACACCACCACCAGUAGCAACAAACCCACCACACACACACAAACCCCAGAACGCUCCUCGCCGCGGGGGCCCCCCGCAGGGGGCCCCCCCAAAGGGCACCAAAAGGAAACACACGAGGGGGCCCUCAGGGGGGCCCUCAGGGGGGCCCUCAAGGGGGCCCAGGCACUGGACUUCUGGGGUCUAAAGGGGUACAGGGGGCCCCAGGGGGGCCCCCAGGGGGGCCCCCAGGGGGACCCCCAGGAGGGGGCCCCAGGAGAACCCGAGGGGGGCCCCCAGGAGGGGGUACCCCAGGGGGGAGGGGGGCCCCCAUGGGGGCCCCUGGGGGGGCCCCCUCUUGUAGAGGAAUUAAAGAGGGUUUGUGGUUUUACUUUGUUUGGGUGUGUUGUUUAUUCUUCUUUUGCUGUUUACUUUGUUGAGACAGAACCGCGUCAGCUCUGUGCUGCUGCUGGUGUUGACCAGCAGCAGCAGCAGCAGCAGCAGCAGCAGCAGCAGCAGCAACAACAGCAACAGCAGCAGCAGGAGGAGGAGCAGCAGCAGCAGCAGGAGAAGCAGAAUAAAGAGCAGCAGCAGAGACAGCAACAUCAACAGCAACAGGAACCCCCUCCUCAGCAGCAGCAGCAGCCUCAGCAGCAGCAGCAUCAGCAGCAGCAGCACAAUCAGCAGCAGCAGCAGCAGCAGCAACAGCCUCAGCAGCAGGAGCAGCAGCAGCAGCAGCAGCAGCAGCAGCAGCAGGAGUUUUAUGAUGAUAGUAUAUAUAACAGUAUACUAAGAGUAAGUAUAUGGGGUUUAGAGUGUAUAGAAGUUUUAGUUUAUAUAAACAUAGAUUGUGUUGUGCUGCGGAACAUAGAUUCUCUUUUUUAUAUAAAAAUAAAAAAAGAAAAACCUUCAUUCUCUCCUUCUCUCUUUCCCCCUGAUAGAUUUGAUUCUGGGGUUAUUAUAUUAAAACCCAACAAACUGCUGCUGCAGCAGCUGCUGCAGCAGCUACUGCAGCAGCAGCAGAGAUUUGAUUCUGGGGUUAUUAUAUUAAAACCCAACAAACUGCUGCUGCAGCAGCUGCUGCAGCAGCUGCUGCAGCAGCAGCUGCAGCAGCAACAGCAGCAGCAGAGCUUGCUGCAGCAGAACAAACUGCAGCAGCAAAUAUUUACGAAUAUACAGCAGCAGCAGCAGCAUGGGCUGCAGCAGUCACACACACGUCGUAUAUCAUCACCUGCUGCUCUUGCUGCUGCUGCUCCUGCUGCUGCUGCUGCUGCUGCUGCUGCUGCUCCUGCUGCUGCUGCUUCUGCCGAAGGAGAAUGGAAGGCAGCGAGCCGCAAGGUCCGCAGCAGCAGCAAUCUGCACAGCAGCAAAAGCAGCAGCAGCAGCAGCAGCAGCAGCAUGGCUGAGCAGCAACCCAGAGCAGCAGCAGCAGCAGCAGCAGCAGCAGCAGCAGAUAGAUGUUCUGUUACGGUUACUCUCGCCCCUCCUGCAGCAGGUCCCCUCAAAGGAAAGGAGACACCUUCUGUAGGAGACACUGCAGCAGCAGCAGCAGCAGCAGCAGCAGCAACAGCAGCAACAGCAGCAGCAGCAGCAGCAGCAGGACCUGCAGCGAGACUCCCGUCAACGCUAUCAGGCACGAUGCAGCAGAAGCAGCAGCAACAGCAACAGCAGCAGCAGCAGCAGCAGCAGCAGCAAGAGGAGCAGCAGGAGCAGCAGCAACAUAUAAACGAAAUAAAUUUUAAUAUAUUUUUAAAUAAAUUUUUCUCUUCUUGGUUUACGUGGGAGUCUCCUCAUAGACUCCCCUUCAGAUACAACGCGCAGCACACAAUGCUGCAGUAUAUGGGGGGCUGGGCCUUUGCUGCUGCUCCUGCUGCUGCUGCUGCUGCUCCUGCUGCUGCUGCUGCUGCUGCUCCUGCUGCUGCUGCUGCUGGGGGUGUUUGUAAGGAAACUGAGACAACCCCUAACAGCCCUGCAGCUACAAGAAGGGGCCCCCGGGGGGCCCCCUCGCGAGAAGGGGGGCCCCGUGGGGGCCCCUCUCAGGACAGCGGGGGAACCCCGAGGGGGCCCCCCUCUCAGGAGGAGGAGCCCCCUGGGGCCCCUGGCAGCCCUGGGGGCCCUGGCAGCCCUGCCAGCACUGGCAGCCCUGGGGGCCCGGGGGCCCCUGGGGCCCCUGGCAGCCCUGGGGGCCCUGGGGGCCCGGGGGCCCCUGGGGGCCCUGGGGGUCCGGGGGCCACUGCGGGCCCGGGGGGCUCUGGGGGCUCUGGGGCCCCUGGGGGCCCUGGGGGCCCUGGGGGCCCCGGGGGCCCCGGGGGGCCCCCGUGUCGCGUGGAGAGCCGCCGUUUGUUUGGGUAUUCUUCUGGGGGUUUAGCGCGGGAGCUGUCUUUGGCUUUUCAGCGGCUGGAGAGUUCAAGUCUUAACAAAGAGAAAGAGAAGAGAAGAGAAGGAGAAGAGAAAGAAGAGAGAGAGAGAGAGAGAGGGAGAGAGGAGACAAAGGAGACAGAGACAACACCCCACACAUGUGUUGGGAUCGGAUCCCAUGACCUGGGGAUCGUCUCCUCCAUCGAUCGAUCCCUCUCUUCUAUCAACAGCGAUGCAUCAUCCGUGGGGGGUGAGGGGCUGCUGCUCUCUGGCUCUCUGCUGCCUAUGCGGCUGGUGGUGGGGGCAAUGAAGGACCUAGUUGAGGAGCUGGGAGAGGGGCCCCGGGGCCCCCGGCUCAAGAGGGUCCUCAGGAGGUGUCUCCGCUGCUGUCUCCUCUUCUGCUUCUUCUAUCUUAUCGGACCCUCUCAGCGCCCCCAGCAGCAGCAGCAGCAGCAGCAGCAUCAGCAGGAGCAGCAGCAGCAACAUCAGCAGCAUCAGCAGCAGCAGCAGCAUGAGCAGCAGCAGCAGCAGCUCAGUUUCUCUUGA